AUGGCUAAGUCGCGUAAAACUCCAUCAAAGGACCGCGCACUGCACUCGCACAUCGCUACGCGCACGUACCGCGGCGCUCGUAGCACACCGCUGACGUUCGCGACAGGUCCGUCCGCUGCGGCGGCCGCGCGCACACUGACUGAGUCCGCAGUCCGCACACCGCCGAGAGCCGUGAGCGGCUCGCGAGGGCGGGCGCCGUGGCCGGACGCCGCUCACCUGCUCACAAAGUGCUCAUGUGCCGAUAUAUCACGCGUGCUACGCCGUAGUCAUCUGGGCGAG